GGUUCAUUAGUUGUCAUUUUGUUGUGACUGACGAAGCAUUAAGGCAAGGAAUUGACAUGAAUAUUUGGUGUCGUCGAGUGCAUGUAAAGUGCACUUGAUCGGAGACUGUUCAAACAAAUCUAUAAUAUUCAGUGAAACUUUCUCUUUUUAUCACAUUUUGCGGAUUAGCUUUAAUCAUUCGGGUCAUCGAUUGAGAAAAUGGUAAUGAUUCAUUUAAUUGAGAAACCUUGGACUCAUCAGUGUCGAUCGGUUUAUGGCAAGAUUUAGAAUAAGAAUUAAGAAAGUGCAUUUGUGGUAAAACGGAAAAAUGUCCAAAUUGUUCAGUUCUCUACUGUUAAGAGUAUUUUUAGUGACAUCGUUAUCUUACGCGUAUCUCAACAUUGAACAAUAUUGUCGGGCAUUUGAUGACAGCUUUCGACCCAUGAUAUGCAUCUUAAAGAAUUCUAACAACUCAACAAAUACUGUUGAUACGUACCCCCAAGAUACUGUGGCGCCAGAUUAUGCGAUACUGAUCCCAGAAAAAAUUAAGGCGAAAUUCCGCCCAAAAUUGAGGCCAAGACCAAAACCUAGACCCCGACCAAGACCACGUCCAAAUUUCCAUCGUCCACCACCAAUCUACAUCCCGUCAAAACCCGACUAUGGGGACGGGUGGGAUAGUGACUCAGAUGAAGAUUGUUCCUGCGACACGAACUGUUAUCCAGUCAUAGCUAAUCAAAACCCAAACGUUACCGGGGUCAGUUAUCGGUGUCGAUCUUGCGGGAGCAUGUGUUGGGUGAGGUCACUUGCGUCGACAAAUUGCAGCUGCGCCGUGCCAAGCGGAAAUGCGACCUGCACCUGUGUCGCGAAUUGUGCAUCGUUUCGUGACGGUUUAGGUUUCGCCGACUUAAGAAACACGGCAUCUGAAGAAAUUGACGAUGUUGGGGUCGCCGACGACAUAAAGUUCCCAAAUUUUCGUAAGCCACGAAUGAGUUGGGGAUGGACCCCUACGUACGACUAUGACGAGUCAAAUUCGGACUCUGGGGAAGACAUCAACUGCAUUUUUACAAUAUCAAAUCUCACCGACACGCGGAUUGGGUUGGAACAGAGACCGUUUAAUUGUGCCUGCUGUAAAAGUACGGAAGCUCAAAGGACAUCAGACCCAGAUUUUGUUUGCAUAUGUCAAAGAGUGUCCGUUACAGAGAGGCAAAAAUCCGGAACGAUUUCAAAAGUAUGACAAUAUAAAUGCUCACCUAGUAAUUUAUUCACGACACGAAAUAUACUCGAUUUCAUUGGACAAUUAUAAAGCUAUUAAGAAUAAAAUUUAAAAAUGCGAGCGUA